CCAACUGAUAAUGGGGUAACGCGCUUAGCGGCAGCAUCGACGGCAACGGUGUUCUGCACUGGCCGCGGUUCGAGUCGGCAGUCGGUUCGGCUGUCCAACGGGUGGCCGCAAAUGGACGAACCGCACGAACGGUCGGCAACCGGACGGCGGGCGGACAGCGGUUCGAUGUGUGCGGCGAUGGCGACGUCCUCGCGACGCGGACGUCCGGUGCGCCAGUGGUGACCGUACGACAUCCGUCUACGUUACCGGGUCGCCAGUGUCCGAUGGCCAACGUUCAGCCCGCGACCGUCCGGAACAUGGCCCGGCACCGGUAUCUGGUCUACCUGAUCUUGUGGCUCUGCGUCUUCUUUCCAGUGCUGUACUUCAAGAUUUCCAACCGCCCCGCGCCCGACAGGAAACCUGUGAACGUGUCGGUGGUUACCGUUGCUAAGCGCAUCCGGUCGGUGUCCAAGAUCGAUUACAAGGACCUGGCUAAAGUGUGCAAUCCUCCUCGAGCGAUUAAACACGGUGUCGAGGGAGAUAUUGGUUCGUUGAACAACAGUCUUACCAUCCAAGGGGUGAUAAUUCUGACCCGUCAUGGGGACCGGGGACCAAUGAAUCAUGUCAGAAAUAUAGCUAACAUCGAUUGUGGUAUAGCACCUGAUCAGGAGUACAGUGAUUAUGUGACAUUCUUGCAAAAUAUAUUUUUUAACAUGUCCUUACAGUUUUUAGGCCCUUUUCACGGUUAUCCAUUAUAUCCAUCGCGAAAUAAUUGUUCUAUUAGUCAACUAACACCUGUUGGUGUGUCUCAAAUGCUUAAACUUGGACGUACAUUACGUUCUGUGUACUCUUCCUUACUCAGCGUUUCUACUUCUGACGACAUAAUAAUAUAUAGUACCAAGUAUAGACGUACUUUUCAGAGUGCAUUAGCGUUUGCAUAUGCAAUAUUGUCACCAGACAUUAUGCCUAAAAUUACAUUUAUGGAAAGCGAUAGUUACAGUUAUUGUUUUGACCAUUGUGCUUGUUAUAAUGUCAACAGCUUAUUGAUGAAAAUCAAACAGUCUUCAGAAAAGCGAUUGAAGAGUCGUAGAGCUGUGGAGAAGAUGUUCAAACAUAUGCAUAAUAUAUUACACUUGAUGUCUAGUAGUGUACGGGUGGACCCAUACUUACUGAGAGAUUCGAUUAUGACAUAUAUAUGCCAUGGAGCGCACCUGCCUUGCUACCAGGAUGAUUGUAUAACAAUUGACAAUGUGCAUCAGUUAUUUGGCUACCUGGAUUGGGAUUUGAAACGGUAUGCUAAACAUGGACUGCUGCAGAAGUAUGGACUUCUCAAGUCAUAUGGUUUUGCCUUAAAUGUGGCCAUGAACCUACUUAAAAUGGUGUCGGAAGGUAAACCUCAUUUGGUCCUGUACUCUGGUCAUGAUUUGACUGCUCAGUAUCUGUUAGCUGCGUUUGGUGUACUCAACGCCCAAACCAUGUCACCACACUAUGCUUCCAGACUUGUAUUUGAAGUGUAUCGAAACAAUACAGUUGACACGACAUUUCCUGGCAAGGACUUCUACUUCAGAGCUAUUUUCAAUGGUAAAGACGUGACCCGAUCAGUGGUUUUCUGCAAUGAUCAUGGUGGAGCCUGGCAAGAUACUGUUUACUUAUGCCCUAUAGAAUCUGCCAUAAGAUUUAUACAUGAUGAUUACUUCACCAUAUUUAAUUCAUCCAACUAUAAAGAAGCUUGUGGAAUGCACCCAUGAGGCUAUUACUUAAUAUUUCACUUUUAAAUAUGUUAUAUCUAAAUUGUCACUAUAUGAUUUUGUAUCAUAACAUUUGUGUAAGCAUUCUCAAACUAUUUUCAUCUUACUGUUGAUGUGUUAAUUUGUCAAACAUUGAACAUUAUUCAGCACUAUUUCAUUGAGAAAUAUUCAAUAAGAACUUUGAUCUUAAUUAAAAUAAUAAUUACUUGAUCUCUAUUAGACACAUCUGCAUGUCAUGUAAUGGAAAUAAAUUUAACUAUGAGACUAUUAAAUGUUAA